AAAGUAGAGAAGGAGAAACAAAUUCCCUUAUCAUAUCUCAAAAAAGUCCUCUCUUUAUCUCUCCGCCUCUCUGUCUUCUGGAAUAAAAAAGAAAAGAAAAAAGAAGAAAAUAUGUCUGAUGAAGAACAUCACUUUGAAUCGAAGGCAGAUGCAGGAGCUUCGAAAACCUAUCCGCAGCAAGCUGGAACCAUCCGAAAGAACGGUUAUAUUGUAAUCAAAGGAAGACCUUGCAAGGUUGUUGAGGUUUCAACUUCCAAGACUGGCAAGCAUGGCCAUGCAAAAUGCCACUUUGUUGCCAUUGACAUAUUCAAUGGAAAGAAACUCGAGGACAUUGUACCUUCAUCUCAUAACUGUGAUGUUCCCCAUGUUAACCGUACCGACUACCAGCUGAUUGACAUCUCUGAAGAUGGAUUUGUGAGUCUGUUGACUGAAAAUGGAAAUACCAAGGAUGAUCUGAAACUGCCUACUGAUGACAAUCUUCUUGCCCAGAUCAAAGACGGGUUUGGUGAAGGGAAAGAUCUGGUUGUGACUGUGAUGUCUGCCAUGGGAGAGGAGCAGAUAUGUGCUCUCAAGGACAUCGGCCCCAAGUAGCUUUGGCCUUAAACGUCCCCCCACUGGUUUGCAUUUAUUCAACAAUGUUUGGUGUGGGUGUUAUGUGGCUCCACCGUUUCAGACUGAGAAGAUAGAUGCCCUACUGCGGCAGUUUUCUAUUUGGGUUUGUAAGACUCUUUUUAACUGAGGAAACGAAGGCAACUGAUCCAGUCAUGAGCUGUGCCUUAGCCCAUACUUAUAAACUCCUUUCUAGUAUCACAGUGUGGUUACAGCUAUAUUUUCAGUGAUCCUUUCAAAACUUUAACCUCCGCCCGUUUCAAGUUGGCAGAGGGGUUUGUCGUGCCUGCAAGACACUGUACAUGAAUCUGUUGAGUGCUUUCUGUUGGUAAACUGUUCCUGCUUUGCUAUAUAUGGUUCAGGGGAAUACAUUAUCUUAUUGACCCCAACCCCAUGUUAUUAUUAUUAUUAUUAUU